CUUCACUUUCUGUCAAUUACCGCCGAGAACUCACCACCAAAACCCAAAACCUCCGAUUAUUCUGUUGCGUAAACAUGAGAAAAUCCGAUAUUGAAACCGGCGGCAGUGCCCUGUAUCCCACGAUGCUGGAGACCCCGGAGUACCGUUGGGCCUUUAUUCGGAAGGUUUACGCAAUCAUCUUCGUGCAGUUGCUUAUCACCGCCGCCGUUGCAUUCUUCGUCGUUCACUUCCACCAAAUCCCGAAGUUCGUGCUACACACAUGGCCUGGCAUCACUGUCUACGUUCUGUCUUUCUUACUUAGCUUGGCAUUUAUGUUCCUCCUAUUUGCAUGCCACGAAUAUCAUCCUUGGAACUUUCUAAUUCUUGGGCUGUUCACAGUUUCAUUUGCUUUUAUGGUGGGCCUUUCUUGUUCCUUUGCUAACGGCAAGAUCAUUCUCGAGGCCGUAAUCCUAACUGGCGUUGCAGUUGUUGGCCUUACAAUCUACACAUUCUGGGCAGUGAGGAGGGGGCAUGAUUUCAGCUUUCUUGGACCUUUUCUCUUUUCAUCUCUGGUUAUGCUCAUUGCUUUUGGUCUCAUCCUGGCUUUCUUUCGUAUGGGAAAGGUAUCGCUGAUGAUAUACGGGUUCCUUGGGGCAUUCAUUUUCUGUGGUUACAUAGUGUAUGACACUAAUGAGUUGAUCAAGAAUUAUACCUACGACCAGUACGUCCUUGCUGCAAUCAGUCUUUACCUUGACAUUGUCAACCUUUUCGUCAAUAUCCUUUCUUUACUCAUCAACAGUGAUGCUGAUUCCUAAAGGGAUUCAUUUUGCCAUUGAUGAAUGUUCCGGUGGAGUUUCUCCACCAUAAGUAAUCAUGAAUACUACAUCUCUCUUUUUUGCCCCAAAAUGGGUUAUUAGGAUUGUAAAUGAAUAGAACUCAUGAGUUUAA